UGUCUGUUUGACAUAUGUUACAUUCUGUCCUGCUUGGUAUUAAAAUUUUCUUUACAUUUUCAAUCGCUUCAAAAUUUAGAUUAUUUCAAGAUAAAAUGGAUAUAGCUGUACAAAUGUAUUAAAUAAGUAAUUCUUUAUCAAGUGUGUUUAUGUAAAUAAAGUGAUAAAUAAAAAUGAGUGUUUUUAAAUCUGCAAUGGGGUACUUCAGCUCGGCAAGUGCCAACGGGGGCAGUGAUAAUGAUUUUGUUGGUCAAUUUGUUGAAAUUGGUAAUAUGAAGCUUCGUGUAAAAAAAGUAAUAGCUGAGGGUGGUUUUGCAUUUGUUUUUGUUGCUCAAGAUGUUGCUACUGGUACUGAAUAUGCAUUAAAGAGGCUGAUGGCAGCAGAUGAGCAAGCUAAUAAAAAUAUUAUACAAGAAAUUAGUUUACUUAAGAAACUGUCUGGACACCCCAAUAUAAUCAAAUAUAUAGCUGCCUCUUUUAUUGAUAAGACAAAAACAAGUCAUGGAAUGAGUGAAUAUCUCCUAUUAACAGAUUUGUGUAGUGGAGGGAGCUUAAUGGAAGCGCUACAACAUAAGGGGCAGGCUUUUCCAUUGCCAACAAUAUUAAGAGUGUUCUAUCAAACAUGUAAAGCUGUGCAUCACAUGCACAACCAAGUCCCUCCUAUAGCUCAUCGAGAUCUCAAAUUAGAAAAUUUUCUUAUAUCAAAUGAAGGCACAAUAAAGCUGUGUGAUUUUGGGUCUGCAACAACUGAAGUUUAUAGCCCUAAUCCAUCAUGGAGUGCUAACCAAAGAAAUAUGUUAGAAGAAAAUUUGGCCCAAUUUACAACUCCAAUGUAUAGAGCACCGGAAAUGCUAGAUACUUGGGAUAAUAGGAAAAUUGACCAUGCAGUUGAUGUUUGGGCACUCGGUUGUAUAUUAUACACACUGUGUUAUAUGCAACACCCAUUUGAGGACUCUGCGAAGCUUGCUAUACUUAAUGGAAAUUAUACCUUAAACCCAAAUGACCAGAAAUAUAAAUGUUUCCAUGAAAUUAUUAGUGGUUGCCUAACCGUGAACCCCGAAGUGCGACUAUCGAUAAGCGGAGUGCUGGAGCGGCUGGCCGCCAUAGCCGAGACACAAAACAUCAAUAUCAAGCAACCACUCAAAUUUGAGCGUAAAAAAGUUGAACAAUCUGUGGCCACUAGCUCGCCAGGUGGAAAGGAUAAUGGUCCGAGCGUUCCAGAAGCACCGAACCCCCGGCCCCCAGAGCCAAGUAGACCUCCGCCCCCUGCCAGACCUCCAGCGGCGCCCCAUUACAUGCCCCCGCAAGUUCCAGCUUCAGGUGGUAUAUUUUCAUCAAUCAAAGAUGGGGCUGGUAGCUUCCUUAAAAAUCUGAAGGACACCUCGUCGAAAGUUAUGCAGACUGUUCAACAGUCCAUAGCCAGGGCGGAUUUGGAUAUUAGCUAUAUAACAAGUCGUGUUAUUGUUAUGUCCUACCCCUCGGAUUUACUCGAGAGUGCUUACAAAACUAACCAUAUUGAAGAUGUUAGAUUAUAUCUCGAGAGCCACCACCCAGGUGGAAAAUACUGCGUUUAUACAGUUCAUGAUGCGAAGGCCAGGUUUCCGAGACGACAGUUAGUGACGGACACAUCCGUGUGGCCCACUGAGGAACAUCGUGCUCCGUUAUUAGCUCCAUAUUACGCUUUAUUACAACAUAUGUAUCAGUAUUUGGGAAAGGAUGCUAAAAGUGCGCUCGUUAUUGCGUGUCCGGAUGGUAAAUCAAGGUCGGCGAUGCUUCUUUGUGGUCUCCUUCUGUACGCGAAAUUAGUAACGGUCCCCGAAGACGCGCUACAAAUAUUUGCCGUGAAGCGAACGCCAAUUAAUAUAUCGCCAAGUCAGCUACGAUACUUAUACUACCUACAUAAUAUAGUCAGACCCGAACCCGUGUUACCACAUUUUAGACCAGUAUCUUUAGUUUCGUUAACCAUUCAACCAGUGCCAUUAUUUACGAAAGCCAGGGAUGGCUGCCGACCCUACCUCGAAGUGUAUAAUGAAGACAGACUUAUAUCUCCUCCGCUGCGAGGCUACGAAAGCUUACAUUUGUACAAUAUGGCGGAAGGAAAGGUAACACUGCCCUUGGACGCCACUGUGUCUGGUGACGUGUUAGUGGUAGCAUACCACGCGCGACAACAGCUCGGACGACUCCAACGAGUUCCGAUGCUGUCCGUCUCCUUCCAUACCGGUUUCUUGGCGUACGACCAGCACGUUAUUAAAUUUACUAGAUCUGAAAUAGACGGCAUAGACGAUGCAUCGCCCGUGAAUGACCACUUUUCGGCGAACGUGUCGGUGGUAAUAAGCCUAGUGGUUCAAAAUGGCGAACGCCGCAAACCACGAAGCGAUGUAUGGGAAGAAGACCAUUCCUUCCCCAUACGAAUGUCGGAUGUAUUAUUCUCUUCGACGUUGGAGAGAGAUGAAACUGUUGAUAACUUUGCCAAUCUACGAAGCAAUCCGCCGGCAGUACCGCCCACAAUCACAGCGGACUAUCCUCCGAGGGAAGCGGAGAAGCCGCCCCGCCCCGCACCACCCUCCCCGCAAAGAAACAUCGCGCCCAAAGAAGCCGCCCCAGAAACAGAUUUCCUCAAUAUAGCGAAACCAGAGGAAGCAAAACCGAAACAAUUGAAAAGCGAAGAUUCGUUUGAUUUCUUCGGAAUGAUGGAGAAACCGGCUGACGAGAGCUUUGGUGAUUUCUUGAGUAAAAAGAUUGAUGAUAAUCCACAGCCAUUUUCUGAGAACAUAUUCGGAGAUUUGCCCCCUCCGCCGACCAGUGUAGCACCAAACGCCAACUCCAGUGAUCUCAAUUUCGAUCCGUUCGGCUUAAAUUAUCCUUUGCCGAAGCAAGAGCCGCUGUUGACUCCGCAAUUAAUUAAGGAAGAGGGUCGUUCUCAAAGUGUUCCAUUAGAAAAGGCGCAAGCGAGAAAUGACCCUUUUGCCGAUCUAGGUUCUUUGGGGACGGGCCUCAAUAAUCCUCCCAACGUAAUACCGAACGUCGCCCAACCGACACCGACUGCCCCUGCGUUUGGCAGCGUCGGCCCAUCCCCGACGAGUACUGGAGCCGCUUUCGCGAACGUUGGCCCGACGGCUGCAACUAAUCCAGCCGCUUUUGCCAAUGUUGGCCCAUCGCCGUUGGCGACUCCCAGAGCGUCUCCUGCGCAUACACCGUCGCAUCGGGCGCAUACGCCACAACAGCCCGACUAUAGCCGAAGCCAUUUCGAUGCACCAAAACCGGCCGAGGAGAAAGUCAAGAAGCCGGCGGAUGUGUUCGGAGACCUUCUUGGAAGUCAGGGAUACGACUUCGCGAAACGUGACUCUGGACCGAAGACGAUGAACGCCAUGAGGAAAGAGGAAAUGGUCAAAGAAAUGGAUCCCGAAAAGCUGAAGAUUAUCGAUUGGACGGAAGGCAAAAAGGCAAACAUUCGAGCCCUGCUCUGUUCGCUGCAUACAGUUGUUUGGGAAGACUGUCGAUGGACACGAUGUGACAUGUCCCAGUUGGUGACUCCAGCAGACGUCAAACGGAACUAUAGGAAGGCCUGUCUCGCUGUACAUCCUGAUAAGCAAAUGGGAACUCAGAACGAGAAUAUAGCAAAAAUGAUAUUUAUGGAAUUAAAUAACGCAUGGAGCGAGUUCGAAAACGACACCAAACAACAGAAUCUAUUCCAGACAUAAAUGAUCGCUGUCCUGCUCAUUACUCUCUCGUAUGAGAAGGAAAGCAAUAUCCAAUUAUACUCGAUAUUUUUGGUGCAGCUAAAAACAGCUUAAUAUUCCAUGUUUUUUUUAAUGUUUCCUUAAAAAAAUUGAUUUAUUUCUUUACUUGCUUUGUUUGUACAUACUCCUUUUUAUUUAAUUAAACAUUCGACUCGAAAUAGUUUAAGAUCGGUGUUGCUAGUUUCGAUAAGGUAAAACUAUCACAAUUAUUUAUUUCGCAUUUCAUUAUAGGAAUAUAAGUACAUUUUGACGCAAAAAUAUGUACCCUUAGCACGAACAAUACGUAGAAUCCAAUAGAUAAUGUGUAAAAUAAAACAACAUGAUUAUAAAGAAAAAUUUUGGUCGUAUUAUGAAUUACAGAAUUGCAUUAUCUUCUGUCAGUCAAAAACGUAACUGUCAAAAACUGACGUUUACGUUGUACUUGUCAAAGCUAAUUUCUGCUGAGGAUACUGUCAUAGAUUAUAAAACAGAUAGUAUUAUCUAUAGUUUAUAUAAUUUAAUAUUGUGUGUAUCUUAAAAAAUAGAUAGUCUGAUUUGGUACUUACGAUUUUGUGGUGGUAAAUUAACUUUCAGAGAUUCUAGUAUUGCUUUUGUAUCGACGAUUAAAUGAGUUAGAUCGAGAAAUUAUUUAGUAAUAUAGUAUUUUUCCUAUAUUGCGUGUAUAUAGUUCUAGAUUUAUAGGUAAGCUUUAGUUGCGCCCGCGCUACUGUUUACGAAACAAUAUGGUGAAUGGUAUAUUUUCUCAUAUAAGAUGUAGCAAAGUUAUUCCUUUAGAACGAAUAGUGGUUGGUAGUAACUCCUUAACUGUAUUGAGCUUAAUGUUUUAUACAUUCCGAUGUCUGGUCAACUAUUUUUGUGAAUUAAAAACGACAAUUAAUGCGUUAAAAUAAAGUUGUCAUAAAAGAAACUCCCGCUUUUUUGGGUAUGUUACAAUUAUAUUUUCCAGGUCUGCUUUAUUUUUCAUACUUUCUUUAGUUUUAUUCUUGCAAAUUAUAUUUUCCAUAUGGCAACUCUAGUUACACGCUAUAUUAUUUAAUUUAAACCAGUGCAAUUGUUCCUGUUAUGUCUUGUUGGCCUACAAUGGUAGUGUUUAUGUACUCUAAAUGUAUAUACGUCUCACUCGUUCGAGCGAAAUUAGAAUGAGACAAAAGUACAUUUGUCUGUUCAUCAAGGAUGCACGAAGCGUGUCCGUACUCUGUAUAUUUUGCUUAUAUUUGACUAUGUUUAUUAACAAAGUUGUUCAAAAUAAAUAUUAUGAUAUACA